AUGCCCAGCCCCGAAUCCUGCCCUGUCCUUCUCCAGGACCAGCGGUGCCUGCUGACGCGGAAGGCUGUGCCGAGACCGCACCAGCGAGCCCAGCCGGCGCGCGGACCUGUUCCGCGGGGGACGCCCCCACUCACCGCACACCAUCAGCAACAGGACCAUCAGCAGCGUGGCCACGAACACCAGCAGGGUCAGCCCCACGUUGUGCCACAUCUUGAGUCGAGGCGGGUGGCGGCCUCAGCGCGCGGGCGCGGGCAGCGUGCUGGCUUCAGCGGUGGGCAGCGCGGCCCCGGGGCGGCAUGGGCGGAGGGCGCCCCUCGGCGGCGCCCCCCGGAGGGGGAGCACGCAGGCGGGAACUGCGGCGGCCGGCCCCUGACCCUCCUUGUCUCGGGGACCCCUACGCCCUCAUCGCUCCGGGGAGCCGGGGCCGCGGCGCGCGGAGACCCCACCGCUGGCCGGAUGCGCUUCCAUGGCGGACGCUGCGCGUCUGAGGAGAGGGUGAGGACAGGGACGCACGGCAGCCACAAGGCCCUGGUUGCCGCCCACGGGAGAAUCUCUCGGUCCCAAGGGACGCCAGAUGUCAACGUCUCUCGGCGGCGGUCGCAGCUGCCGCUCAGACACAAGCCCCUCUCCUCGUAUGGCAGCUCAUCACCAAGCGCCCCCUCCGCUCGCCUCCGCCGCGGCGCGGGGGUGACUGGGAGAUGGAGUACGGAUCCCGACGAAGGCCGUAGGGGGCCCCUUUGCGGGAACUACAAUUCCCAGAAUGCCCCGUCGCACGGGGCUUCGCGAUUCCCUCCUUCGCUCCACCCCCUGUGUCUUUGGGCUUUCUGCGCCAAGGCUUCUUUCCUUGCAGUGCGGGCGGCUGUUCUCUCAGCGUGUGCAGUAGGCUACCCUCUCGAGGACUGUGCCGAGGCUCCAGUGAGAUUUCAACCCUUGCUUGGCUCACAGAGCCCUUUAAAGUGCACCGAAAGAGGAAAAGGGAGGCGGCUGCCUGAAAAACUGGUUGCCCGUGAACCCACCCCUAUUGCCUGGAGCGAAGAUUGGGUACUUGGGGCUUUGGAGGUAAUGUAUUUCAGAAAUGACAUCUGCAGUGCUGUUAAUUCACCUACCUGAAUUGGGAGUUUGAUUCAGCUGCGUCCUUGAAACCAAGCAACUUACGACCCACAACUGAAGGUUUCGCCUCACUCCCUUGAACAGAUGUCUGUGGAACAAGACACUUUUAACAGUCUCAAGUACUAGAUCUCUAUUUGGAAUUAAAGCUCCCCGAUUCUGCCGCAUGAGAGUCGUUCGUGAAAACAGUGCCCCCAAAGAGGAUAAGUGUGUGCCCCUUUUAGGAGGAAUCAGAGCCUUCACGUUUUCUCAUGACUGUUGCUCCUUGCAGUAGUUCUGUACGCCUCUGCAAUGACUAUUCCCUGUUUUCCGUCUCCAAAAACAGAAAAUCUAAGGAGCAGUUCCUUGAUUUAAUAAAUGUUAGCUAUUCCCUGCUGCCUUGGUGUGUGAGCUGGAUUCCCCAUGAAAGAGUAUUGUGAACAAAUACUAUAUAUGAAAAUAUGUAAUAAUUUGUUUGCAAAAGAUUUAACAAUGUUCCUGUGAAAAGAGAAUGAGCCCAGUGCAAUUAAAAUCUAUUUAGGAAAA